AUGGCAGCGAGUUCUUCCUCUUCUCUCAUUUUGAUCUUUGGUUUUGUUCUUUUCACGGCAAUGCGGGUGGAAAUCCAGGCGCAGGCGCUCCAAUCGCUGGAUUACCGCGACGCGCUCGCCAAAUCCAUCCUCUUCUACGAGGGGAUGCGAUCGGGCAAGCUGCCGACGAGCCAGAGGAUCAAAUGGCGCGCAAACUCGGGGAUGAGCGAUGGAAGAACAGCGAAUGUGAAUCUCACGGGAGGCUACUACGAUUCCGGCGACAACGUCAAGUUUGGCUUCCCGAUGGCGUUCACGAUCACGCUGCUGUCGUGGAGCGUGGUGGAAUUCGAGGCGGAGCUCGGGCGCGCGGCGGAGCUGGACAACGCCCGCGCCGCCAUUCGCUGGGGGACCGACUACCUCCUCUCCGCCUUUGUCCCGCCAUCCACCCUCUGGGUUCAAGUCGGGGAUCCAAACGCCGACCACCAGUGCUGGGAGCGCCCCGAGGACAUGGACACGCCGAGAACUUGCUACCAAGUCAAUCCAUCCAAGCCCGGGUCCGACGUCGCGGGAGAGACCGCCGCCGCCCUCGCCGCCGCCUCUAUUGUCUUCGCCGCCACUGAUUCUUCCUACUCCCAGAGGCUCCUCGCCACUUCCAAGCAAAUCUUUGCGUUUGCUGACAAGUACCGAGGAAGCUAUAGCGAUGUUCUUGGAGGAGCCGUGAGCCCUUUCUACACGAGCUACUCAGGAUAUAGAGAUGAGCUCUUGUGGGGCGCGGCGUGGAUCUUCCGGGCCUCGAGCGACAAACGCUACCUCGAUUACAUUUCCCAGCACGGGGACGAGCUCGGCGGCCCCGGGAGUUCAUACAACACUCUAAGCUGGGACAACAAAUACGCUGGUGUCGACGUUUUACUCUCCAAGUUUAUUCUCGCCACCACUGGUAGCGACUUCAACGUAGUUCGCGCUUACAAGUCUCGUGCCGACGACUUCGUGUGCUCUGCGAUGCCUGGGAGGGCCACCAUCACGCCAGGGGGACUUUUCUACCACGGUGGCUCAAACAACCUCCAGUAUGUCACAAGCAAUGCGUUCCUUCUCAUAACGUACGGGCGGUACCUGGCUCAAGCGGGUCAGAGCGUUUCGUGUGGGGGAAACAACGGUUUUAAGCCCGGCCAGCUUAUCUCGUUUGCAAAGCAACAGGUGGACUACAUUCUGGGUAGCAAUCCCAGGUGCAUGUCUUACAUGGUUGGGUUUGGUACAAAGUUUCCACAGCGAGUUCACCACCGGGCUUCUUCGCUGCCCUCGAUCCGUACGCAGGAAGAACACAUAUCUUGUUCUGGGGGAUUUAAUUGGCUUCACAGCUCCAAUCCCAAUCCAAACAUUCUAAUCGGUGCUGUGAUCGGGGGUCCCGACGGAUCCGACAAUUUUUCGGACAAUCGUGAUGAUUUCUCGCAAGCCGAGCCUUCGACAUAUGCAAACUCCGGUCUGGUUGGUGCACUGGCAUACUUUGCUUCCACCGCGGCUGGAAACAACUUGAGGGGAUCAUGAUCCCAUGAUUCUUAAGAUUCCGCCUGGGAUCCGUAUAUGCGUUGGAAAAAAUGAUAAUAAUUCAUACCGCCAAUGUACUUUUUCUACUUACACAUCAAGAUGCUUUU